AUGGCGUCCUUGUUCGCCUCGUUUACGAGCUCCAGCAUGCCCAAGCGGCUGCUGCGAUACGCCCUGUCCCGCCUAGAGCUGCUCGAUGCCGAUGCCUUGAACCUCGACAACUUGGAUCUUGCCCUCGGAAAGAAUACCGUCUUUGAGUUUCGAGAUGUUGGGGUUAAGCUGGAUAAACUUCAAAAGCUGUUGAGCCUCCCGCCGGCCUUUGCACUCCAAAAGUCCAAAGUUCUGCUACUCCGCGUCAGCAUUCCCAUGGACUUUUACAGCAGCCCCAUCACAGUCGACGUCGAUGGUGUUGACGUGCAGAUAAGAGUCCUCCCUCUCGACCGCGCCCCGACCCCCCCGACCUCAACAGAGCACGACUCCGUACCAAACGCUGUCGAUCUCGCCCAAUCCUUUCUCGACACCGAGUCUCCUGCCGAGCGCCGCAAGCUUCAAGAAGCCCUCGAAGCCGAAACACAAGAUCUUGGCGCAUCCGUGUCUAUGAGCGAUGAUGGCAGCGAAGACGGAUCCCCCGCCGAAGGCACAGGCCAGCCGCUUUCUCUGCCCCUGUUCCUCGCCGAUUUUCUACAGGGCAUGCUAGAUCGCAUGCAGGUCAAGAUAAAGGGCGUCAACUUCCAGCUUCAUAUGGAGACCCCAACCGAACUCGGAUCCAAUCGGCUGGAGCCGAUUUCUUUUCAGAUUUCUCUCAACAACAUUGACAUUGAAGGAGUCACCACGCCCGCUUCCUCAGCUGAUCAAGGGGCCAAGAUCAUUCACAAGGAGGGCAAACGUCACAUCUCGAUAGAGAAUAUCCGGGCAUUCUUAAUAUCAGAGGCCAAUGUCUUCCCCAGCCUCUCGCGAUCUCCCUCCAUGGUUUCGCCAUCGUCAACCUCCUCACCUUUCAUGACUCGCAACCCACCAUCAAGAGAGCCCUCUGACAUACCACAAUCCAUGUUUAAGUCACAACAAUCUAUUGACUAUCAGCAAAGUUUUGAGCGGCACCUGACAGAAGCAAUUGAAAGCCAAGAGAAUGAUUCCAAGCUCGGGGACAACGAGGAAGCCUUGGCUAUUCCGUACCAGACAGAGGAAAAUGAUGACGAGAACCCCUCCACACCACGAGCGUCUAUAUAUCAUGACUUUGGAGCUUCCAUGCAUUCCGAUAGUGAUGAAGAGCCCGCAUUCUCUCUCGCCAACUCUCGGGACAUAGGCGCAUCCCAACCUUCACCGUCAGGUUUCAUGCGAGGAUUGCCUUUCCGCCCUACAAGCAUCGAAUCAUCAGCUAUGGCGUCAUCGUAUAUGCAAUCAUCCCAGAUAAGUGCAGACGGCACUCAGUAUGAUGACUUGGAAGAAUCCCGCCUUUAUAGUCACGAAGAGGCUGAAAGCAUGUAUAUGAGCGCGUUUUCACAGGGUGCUGGGCAAUCACAAGUGAUGCACGAGAUGACAGAGUCUAUCGAACCAGUUGCCAAGUCUGAAGAAGGCACCGACGAACCUGUUUUCCAACACGAGGAACAUGAAGCUGAGGUAGAUGCCUCGGAGCCUGAACCGCAGCCUGUGCCUGAGCCCGACGUUGCAGUUGUUGCGGAAACGGUAGUUGAAUCUGAAAACGAGCAUCGAGUCGAACAAGAACCUAGAGAACUGCAGCAGUCGUCCCUGGACAUUUCGUCCAUACCGGGUGCCUGGGGCGAAGAAUCGGUUGCUCACCUUCCUCAAUCUCCGCCUGUCGCCUCUUCGGACGCUCGGCUCAUGUCCAGUCUCGAGGAGCUUGCAACUGCGGCCAAGAAAGAACUUCCGGCAACUGAGCGAGAGACAGUCUCUGAUGAGACCACGCCGGACGAUGGACAAACCCCAAAGGGACCAACCAAAGUCGUCAAGAAGAUUCUCGAGUUUGAUAACCUGUCUGUCUAUGUACCGUCUCUACAUCGCCACAUGCAGGUACACACACCUAUUGAAGAAUCCACCUCGCACCUUGCAGCCUCGAUGAAUCGCUCCGUCUACCCUCAGACUCCCGGAGCCUUCUCCGUCCACCUCCCCCAAGCCCAGAGUGCGAAGCAGGGCACCCCGACAUCGCCAGUGGAUGCCACUCUCGAGAUAGUCAUGUCGCCAAUGACAAUCAGCCUCGACGCCUCCAUUGCCUUCCUGCUGUACAUGAUCACAACAAGGCUGCUCAGCUCCGUCAAGACUGAAACUGAAAUUACGGGGAAGGCUUACCCACCGACGACGCAAAAAGCUGCCAAGGAAAGCCAACAGCCACCAGUCAACAUUGUGUUGGAACAGAUUUCUCUCAAUUUCUUAAAUCAUCUGAGUGGCGUUGCAGACACACCCGACCGGUUCUUGGACCCGUCUGCAUUUGACUUUAGACAAGAAGUCUUGCUCAACCUGACCCUGAAGAAAUUGGCCAUGUCAAGGCGGGCUCCUCCGCGAAGCGCUCCGGCAAGUCCUGAUACAGCCUCGUAUGAAACAAAAAUCGAGCUUGAACGGUUUCGCUUUGGAUAUGCGGAUGGUGAUAUUAUCUCAUUUGAUGCCGGCAAGCCAAUGAGCACUUCGGUGCGAGAUACCUUUUUGUCGGCUGGAAAUGACGUUGCCAUCAAAAUCUUGGAGUCAACCGAAGGCAUCCGAACAGAAGUUGAGACUCUCCCACUCGUCUUUCAGCUCGAGCUACAGCGCCUAGAUGAAACAUUUGGCUGGUUUGGUGGACUGAGCAGUUUCCUCAACAUGAGCGCCUCCAUAACGUCCAGCACACCGCCAGCCAAGACACCGCCCAUGCCGCACCCGAAGCCACGAGGAGUUCGCUUCGAUACACCAAUCAGACCGGACGAUACAUCGGUAGCGUCUAAAAACAAACUUAAUGUCCGCAUCGGCGGCACCUAUAUUGAGCUUCUCGGCAAGGACUGCAGCAUCUCGUCAGAAAGCAAUGCGCUCAAGAUUGUAAGCAGGGACGAGGGAAUCGGUAUCGCAUGCAGCUUGAUUCGGGUAUCUGGCCCCUACAUCAAAGGUUCCAUGGCAGAUCCCGCCAUAGGCACAGACAUCAGUGGCGUUCGUCUCGAGUUUUUGAGCGCCCCUAACAAUUCGGACCUGGAGAAGUUGCUGGAGCUCAUCAUCCCUUCCAAAGUCAAGUACGACCACACUACAGACGAGAUAAUGGUCGACACACUGCUGCGCCAGCGUCGAAAGGGGUCUGUCCUGCGAGCGGCGGUAGACGCUGUCAGCGUGCGGGUGAAAAACCUGAGCCAACUGGGAGUUUUGCCGAGCCUGGCAGAAGAGCUUGCCAAGCUUUCGACUGUUGCAAAAUAUCUCCCCGAAGAUGACCGGCCUGGACUCCUCACCCUUGGCAAGAUUCAGCGCAUCGGCGGCACCGUUGAUAUUGGCGGUGCCCUAGGCAUACUCUCUGGCGAAAUUAGGGAGCUCGAGGUGGGCCACAUCACGCUCCCUUCGCUCGUUGCAUUAUCUGCAGGUGACAUUUCCGUUGGCAGAAACAGAAUCGAAGAGCUGGUCAAGUGCACCCCAUUUAUUGCCACGCAAGAAACACCGUCCCGCGGGCCGGUCUUCAUGGUUCGGAUAAUUGGCGACGAGAUCGAACCCACUAUAAAGCUGAAGCUUCGGUAUCUAGUUGUUGAGUAUCGUGUGCAAACAAUCAUGGACUUGCUCGGACUGGGGGCGGAUGCAACCCCGCAAGACUUCGACGACUCCCUCGCGGCUUCGGUGGCCAACUUGGGAGAUCAAACUCACUCGGUGCUCGCUCGCCGACCUCGGUCUCAAGCUCAGUCAUCGAAAGCAGCGAAGCCAACGAAGCUGGAUGUUGCCUUUUCCGAUUGCCUGAUUGGACUCAACCCGCUGAAUCUUCCCUCCAAGCUAAUUCUUGUGCUGACUGAUGCUCACCUGGAUGUCAUGUUGCCCAAAGACGAGCAGAUGCAAGCCGCAUUCAAUAUUAACAGAGCAUCGCUGCUCCUUAUCGAUGAUGUGUCAACUGCCACCGAAGAGCCUUCACUGGCCAAGAUUAAACCGCCGCCGUCGUCGACGGCCUCUGCGCUUGUCACCGACAUGUGUUCUAUGGGAUACGUCGACAUCUGUUACAUUUCGUCGGCCAUGGUUCUUGUCAAGGUGGCCCCCGGGGAAGACGGCGAACAACUGGUGACUGUUGAUCUUCGCGACGAUUUGCUUGUUCUGGAGACUUGCGCCGACUCGACCCAAACCCUGAUCACUCUGGCGAAUGCUCUGAAGCCGCCAACACCACCAAGCAAGGAGAACAAGUACCGAACAAAUGUCAUGCCCAUGGAAGAUCUUCUGGCUUCAAUCUCUGCCGAGGCAUUUGGCAGAGCAGAAGGCGAAUAUGACUUUGACCAGGACUUUGCCGGUGCACAAGAGCUGGCUGGCAGUGUUUCAGAUGCCGGCGGCAGUGACAGCCCAUUCCGGGUUGAUUCGCAAUACUACGGCACUGAAUCGGCGGGUGAGGAACUUUUUGAUGCCACGAAGAGCAUCUUGUCGGAGGGUACUCGAAUGGAAGACACCACCGAGGGCGUUUUGCUCACCGGGCUUGACCCUGCCGCAAGCCAAGGCUCGGUGGACAGUGACGAGCUCCAAAUUCACGAGGAUUAUUAUGGCCAAGAUGCGGCCGGUGAACAGGUAGCCAAGGUCUGGAAUUCGUCCAAGAAUUCAUACGACAGCGCUCCAGCCGCCCUUGUGAAACGUUGCCCCGUUAAGAUCUCGGUUCGAGAUGUUCAUGUCAUCUGGAAUCUGUUUGAUGGGUACGACUGGCAACACACUCGUGACACCAUUAGCAAGGCGGUGCAAGAAGUCGAGAACAGGGCUUUUGAGCGCCAGUCUCGUACCGUCAGUGCGCAGAUGCAGGAAGAAGAGUUUGAUGAUGGCGAAGCAAUUGGGGACUUUCUGUUCAACUCAAUCUACAUCGGCAUCCCCGCGAAUCGCGAUCCUCAAGAAUUGUCACGGGCCAUCAACGAGGGUCUCCACGACGCUGCCACCGAAACAGAGUCUGUGGCCACCACUGCGUUUACGACAGCGACUGGCCGUGGCAUGCGACGGCAACAACCGAGGCCGAAGCGACUGCGGCUAAGCAGAAGCAAGCACCACAAGAUCACAUUCGAAUUGCAAGGUGUGAAAGCGGACAUUGUGGUGUACGCGCCUGGAUCCGGUGAAACGCAAAGCAGUAUCGAUGUUCGUGUGCAGAACCUGGACGUUUUCGAUCACGUCCCGACGUCGACAUGGCGAAAAUUUGCAACGUACGAUCAAGAUCAGGGCGAGCGAGAGAUGGGGACCAGCAUGGUGCACCUUGAAAUUUUAAACGUCAAGCCGAUCCCGGAGCUUGGGGCGGCGGAAAUUGUGCUCAGAGCGACCAUCCUGCCUCUACGACUACACGUGGACCAAGACGCACUUGAUUUUAUCACCCGAUUCUUCGAGUUCAAGGAUGACAAGGUGCCAGUACACGCGUCACCCAGUGACGUACCUUUUGUCCAGCGAGCCGAAGUGAACAGCGUUCCGGUGAAGCUCGACUUCAAACCCAAGCGUGUUGACUAUGCCGGACUUCGGUCAGGACAUACGACAGAGUUUAUGAACUUUAUCGUAUUGGAAGAGUCCCGGCUGGUUCUGCGGCACAUCAUCAUUUACGGAGUUUCUGGAUUUGACCGGCUCGGCAAGACUCUGAAUGACAUUUGGACACCGGAUGUGCGGACAAACCAGCUGCCUGGCGUGAUUGCGGGACUGGCGCCUGUACGGUCGCUUGUCAAUAUUGGUAGCGGGAUCAAAGACCUGGUGGAGAUUCCUAUCCGCGAGUACCAGAAGGACGGGCGAGUGUUUAGGAGCAUAUCCAAGGGCGCGACAGCGUUUGCACGAACUACCGGCACGGAGAUUGUCAAGCUAGGUGCCAAGCUUGCGGUAGGCACGCAGUACGCCUUGCUUGGUGCCGAAGAUAUGCUGGUGGAGAAGCGCUCAGAGGAAAGAAGCUGGGAGGAGGAGGAAUUGGAUGAAGAAGAGAAGAAGCAGAUUUCUCUGUAUGCCGACCAGCCGAUGGGCGUGAUCCAAGGAAUCCGGGGAGGGUACCGAUCACUGGCGCGUGACAUGAACCUGGCGAGAGACGCAAUCAUUGCUGUUCCGGGCGAGGUGAUGGAGAACGCUUCGGCAGCGGGCGUGGCCAAGGUGAUGUUGAAGCGGGCGCCGACGAUUAUAUUCCGUCCAGCCGUGGGUGUCACCAAGGUGAUUGGGCAGACACUUCUCGGCGCGACCAACGCGAUGGACCCGAACAACAGAAGGAGGAUCGACGAGAAAUACAAGCACUAA